AUGAGUUUCGAUACGAUUGCCAAUUCGCGCCUUUUGUCACGCGCCCUGACACUUUUAGGACUUUGGCCUGUGGCCAUGGACACUGGCUCGUGUCUUCAACGAUAUUAUCGCUAUUAUCAGCUUUUCUUGCACAUUACACUCACGUUCACGCUAACGCUGCUCAUGUGGCUCGACGUGAUCUUUAGUGAGAAUCUGGACCACGCUACCCAAGUGCUAAAAUUCUUGCUCACCGAAAUGGGUCUCGUUGUGAAAAUUUUCAAUAUCUGGUAUUAUGCACGUAUGGCUUCGGAAUUUUUGCGUGAAUGGGAGACGAGCGAGUUAUUUGUGCUGCAGACGUGUGCCGAGCGUGCGAUGUGGCAACGCGCGCAACGCGCCUUCCACAAAGUGGUGAUUGUAUACGUAUUUUGCAGCUUCAAUACGGCCAUCUGUGCAUUGAUUGCGGUGCCGUUUAUGAAUACCCGCGAGCUGCCAUUUCCAUUUUGGUUGCCUCGAAAAUGGCGUGAAGAUUAUUAUUGGGCCAUGUAUUCUUAUGAAUUUAUAGCCAUGCCGUUUACUUGUUUGUGUAAUAUUAAAACCGAUUUAUUCCAAUGCUAUUUUCUAUUGCAUCUGACACUUUGUUUACGUGUGAUUGGCAUGCGUCUGGAGCGUUUGAGCAAUGCAGUGGCAAGCGAAUCGGUCACCGAGGAAUUUGUGAAGAUAAUUAAAAUACAUCAGCGUGUGGAUGAAAUGGCCAAAUGCUGUGAGCGAAUCGUGUCCUUGCCUGUGCUAAUGCAGAUAAUGCUGAGUUCGUUCAUCAUUUGCUUCAUCAUAUAUCGUCUGCAGAAUGUCCGCUUCAGCGACAAUCCCGCUGAAUUCUUCUCCAUGCUGCAGUAUGUCGUCGCUAUGUCCUUGCAAAUAUUUUUGCCUUGCUAUUAUGCCAAUGAAUUAACUGUGGAAUCUCAAAAUCUAAGUCAUCACCUUUACAAUUGCGAUUGGACUGGCAUGUCCGUCUACAAUCGACGUAUGAUUUUCGUUUACAUGGAAUACUUGAAACAGCCAUUGGUGUUGCAUGCGGGAAACUUUUUCGAAAUCGGCUUACCAAUUUUCUCAAAGACGAUGAAUAAUGCCUACAGUCUGUUGGCCCUAUUGCUAAACGUCAGCGAUGAAAAUCAAUAA